AAGAGGCCAAAUAAAUAAACGCGUCCUUUACACCUUCAUGUCCUCCUCUGAUUCUCAGCAAGUCAAAAAACGCAGAAUGUCUACCGAACCUGAGGCUUCAAUUGCACCCAUCUCUCAGCUUCUAAUCAAGCGUCACUCAGAAAAAGCCAAAACACCCUCGAGAGGGUCUGCUCUCUCCGCAGGCUAUGAUCUAUACAGUGCCGAAAAGAAAGUCGUUCCGGCUCAUGGAAAAGCCUUGAUUGACACGCAAAUUUCUAUCGCCGUCCCAGUAGGACACUAUGGUCGUGUUGCUCCAAGAAGUGGUUUAGCCUCUAAGUUCAUGAUUGACACUGGGGCAGGAGUCAUAGAUGCUGAUUAUCGUGGGGUGGUUUUUGUUUUGCUAUUCAAUUUGUCGGACAAGGAUUUUGAGGUCGAAGAAGGUGAUCGGAUAGCACAGCUCAUUAUUGAAAAGAUCCAUACACCUGAGAUCCUAGAAGUACAGGACCUGGAUGAGACACUUCGUGGUGGUGGCGGAUUUGGAUCCACUGGUGGUCAUGGUGCUUUAUAAAAGGUAACCUUUAAGCAGCAAAGUAUGUAGUGCUUGUGUCAUAAAUAUUUUGAAUUUUGCCUCGCAAAUCGAUUUGCGAGUGUUGUCAUUUGUGCGCUUAUAUCGGCGCUUGUAAGUUGUUAUGUAAUCAACUAUU